AAGACCAACAGGAAAGUCAAAUAGAGGAACUAAGAACUAAACUGAACCAAUCAGAAUCACAGUCUGGGCAGAGGGAACAAUAUGAGAAAAGGCUAAGGGACAUGCAUAAUGAACUGGAGGCAACUCGCAGGAGACUGAAGCGUGCAGAGGCAAAAGCAAAGGAAACCCCUCCUUUAUUGCUGGAAUUGCAAGAUGAGAUGGCCAAUAUGAAAAUUCAACACCAGGCAGCAAUAUUUGAGGAGCAAAAACGAGCUUCAGAUGCAGAGGAACGUGCCCGACGACUGGCAGCCAUUCAUGAAGAGAGGGUGGUAAACCUUGAGGCAAGACUGGCUGAACUGUCUGAAACAGUUGGGAACUAUGACCGCCUAAGACAGCAAGAUCAAAUAGCUAUCCACAAACUGAAAGAACAUAUUGCACAAUUAGAUCUGGAGCAUUCAAAUCUUACUCGGAUAACAUCUAACAUGUCCAUGGUGGAUUCAGAGGAGGAAAUGAAGGGGAAAAGUGAAGCAGACCUGUGUCUUGAUGUGCAGACUCUGGUAGACAAGAUCCUUUACCUCAGAGGGCAGCUAGUUUUAGCCAGUCAGCGUGCAGAGAAACCAGUCAAUAUACUGGAUAUCCUAAACAUUAAAGACUGUUUGGACAUAAAAAAUAAUGAUGAACAUAAGUCCUGUCAGGAGGAAUAUCAGCAACUCAAGCAUGAAUUUGAACAGUAUAAACAGUCACAGUUACAACAACCUAACAACAUAAGGGUGGAAGACAGUUCAGUAGUUUCUUCAUUAAGAAUUCAGGUGAAGACACUCAAAGAUCGAAUACGCAUACUCAACGGUCAGUUGGAAGACACUGAAGCUGAGUGGAAACAGAAAGUUGACAAUCUCCAGCAGACUUUAAAAGCUGAUAGGAUGAAAUAUAAAGAAGAGCUGGCUGCAACUGAGAUGGACUACCGGGGCCGCCUAUCUCUUUUGGAACAGCAGCUACAGAAACAGAGGGACAGAUCACUCAGUUUAUUGGAGGAAAAGGAGCAAGAGAUACAAACUCUGAAAUCUACAUUUCAGAUGUUCUUACCUGGCAAUGUGAAACAUGAAUCUCCAACAGAAUUACUAGAGACUAAGGAAGCAGUUGCUGGAUCAGGAAAUGUUAUGGAAAGUUGGUCACAGUUUGGUGGAGUUAUUAGGAGCCUGGGCCCUACAGGUUGUGGGGAAAGUCCCCACAUGUUACAUUAUGCACAUGAGCUGGCUCGACGAGAUGUUGAGAUUUCAAACCUACGUAAAGCCAAGCACCAGCUUGAAGGUACAUUCCGAGAACUGCAGAGGGCAGCAACCACAAAGGAAGAACAAGAUCAGGAAAAAAUAAAUGAACUCAAAGAAGAAGUGGCAAGAUUACAACGUUGUCAAUCACGUGAAGGAGCCAAUCUUGAAUACCUGAAAAAUGUUGUGCUGAGUUUCCUACUGUCAAGUGAUUCAAAUUCUAAGAGACAUAUGCUGAAUGCUAUCGCUGCUGUACUCAAAUUUAGUUCUUCCGAACUGGAGCGAGUGAGCUGCACUCAUAAGCCACCUGCACAAGGAAAUAUUAAAUAAGGACUACUGAGCUUAGUAACUGUCUUAUUAAAUCUAAACACACAAACUCUGGACACAAGAUUUAGGUCAUUUUUCCAUCAGGAAUCAUGUCUGAAUAUUCUGUAAUAAGAAAAAUAUAUUCCCAAUGGUAAAUGAGGACUAUCACUUUUGGACAAGUCCUGAUGGUUUGAAAUCAUGAGAUUUUUUACGCAUCAGUCUACAGUAUUAUAAUAAAAUUUAAUUACCUACAUGAUUAAUAAGAAUAAACAGGUGAUAUUAUACAUCAAGCUGUGUACUGUAAUUACAUACUGUAAACCAACAUAUCACUACUGUCAUGUUAGAGAAAACUGUUAUAUUUUGUGUAAUUAAAUACAUGAUAUGAAACCUACCUUUGCCAUCAAAAAGUGUGUGCAUGUGCGUGUGUGUGUGUUACUUUUUGCAAUGGGGUGAGACCAUGUCUUUGUGGAAUUGUGCUGCUAACAUCUACAGAUAAUACACCGAGUGAAUAUCGAGCAGUGGUGAAAUGAUAUUGACAGGGAGACCAAAUGACUUUGAAACAAACCUGUCCCCAUUUUGACUACCACAAAUCUAACAUGGAGUAACCUGGGUGAGAACCUAGGCCUCUGUAAUAAAAAGCUGAUGACUAACAACGUGAGCUUUGGUAUUGUGGGCUGUUUACCACAGGAAUGAAUUUUUGAGUGUUUAAUAAUGUAUGCAGUAGCAACAUAGUUCAAUGUCUUAUAAUUCUAAUUUUACAAUGAGAAAACAGUCAUUCGCUAUUAUAUAUUGUUUCUGUUGUUAGAGUUUUUAUAUCUGGGUAUGUAAAGAGGAGUGUGGAUUAACUGAUAAAAAUAUGGAGGAUUUUGAGGA